CUUGUCCCCAACACCCUUCCAAAAUCUCCGUUUGUCUCCUUAUUCAUUGCUCUCAAUCCAAAACCCUUUUCUCACUGACAGGCUCAUUUUCUGCAACCUAUCUCAGCCUCUCUUUAAGAGUUUUGCUAGUGUUAGUUGCUUGGUGUUGGUUGUUUCAAGUUUGAACCUACAAAGUUAAUAGACAUAAGAACAAUGGGAAAAGGCUGGACUUUCCUUACCCAACUUCACUCUCUUGCUGGGCCUGUGUUGCAGCUGCUUUACCCCUUGUAUGCAUCAGUGAUGGCCAUAGAGAGCCCAUCAAAACUAGAUGAUGAGCAGUGGCUUGCUUAUUGGAUUAUUUACUCUUUCCUCACUCUCUUGGAGAUGGUUAUCCAACCGGCUUUAGAAUGGUUACCAAUUUGGUAUGAGGUGAAGCUUGUGUUUGUGGCGUGGUUGGUUCUACCACAAUUCAAAGGGGCAGCUUUCUUGUAUGAUAAAUAUGUGAGGGAGCAAAUCCUCAGGUAUAGAGGAGGACAAGACCAUCAUGAUUCAUCCAGCAAGUCCCCAACUGGCAAAGGCAAGAGCAAGUUUGUGCAGUUCAUGACCCCCAAGAGUGGAGAGCAGGAAGCUUACUGAAGAAAGCAGAGAAGGACAUCCACUUGUUCUUCAAUGUUCGCUUUCUUUUUCUACUUUCGGCCUUUGCUUUAACUUGUUUCUACUGAACUUUUUAACCCAUCAUGUAUGAUUUCGGAGACUUCGAGGCUUUUGUGACUCUACCUUCAUGCAUAUUAAUGUAGAUGAGCCAUAUCUAUCAGCAAUCAAGUAUGUGUUGAACUAUUUGAUUA